AUGAAGUCGACGUUUCUCUUCUUGGCCUCGGCCGGGCUUGUGAGCGGCUUCUUGUGGCCCGCACCGAUUGUUCAACAGCAACCGCCAGCUGCUUAUAGGACCGAGCCUAGCGGAUACGAGGCCCCUGAACCUGAGCCGGAAGUGACGAAAGCGCCAGAGCCAACCACAACUGCGGCUCCUGCCACUCUUCCUCCAUUGCCAGGAGUUGCAUGGUAAAUUUUUAAUGAGGGGUAAAUAUGGUCGAGUUACCGACAAUUUCUGUUAUAAGGAUGGUAUUAUAUGCAAUUUUUGAGUGAGAUCGCGUAUUUUACCUUCCAUAACACAAUCUAUUUCAGCCUCCCGCCACCACCUCCACCACCAGCCCCAAUCCACUUCGAAUGGCCCCAACCAUCCUACGCUCUGCCCCCAGCCGCUCCACUCCCCACAUUCCCACCCCUACCACCUCCACAACCACUCCCAACCCUCCCUCCUCCACAGCCUCUGCCAACUCUCGCUCCAUUCACCUUCCCGCCACCUCCACCACCACCAAAGUUCGAGGAGUUGUUCCCACCACCAGCUGCUCCAGCUGCCCCAUACGCGCAGCCCAGCUAUGCUGUAGCGCCACCACCACCACCGGCCUUCGCCGCUCCACCUCCACCAGCCCCUCCAGCCUACGAAGAGGCGCCGCCAGCCAAGUACGAAACAGCGCCCGAGCCAGCCAAGGCUGAGCCAGAACAGCAAGGAUAUUAG